AUGGGGAAGCAGAAGAGGUCGCUUUCCGUCGCGGGAAAAAAUAUAUUAGGAGACAGUUGUGUAGAGUCUUUGUCAAGAUGUCUGUUUGUUGGUCUGCCUCUCUUUAUUAGCCAAAAGAAGAAGAAAAUAAACUCAAAACCCAAAUGUCUGAAUGAGCAAGAAAUUCCCUAUCGGCUGCGGGAGAUCAUGAAGAGCCGUGAGGAAUUAAAGAACCCCAAGAGCAGGAAGAAAAAGAAAGCAGGAAGCAAACAGAGGCCCAGCUCAGAGAGCGACAUACCAGUGCCGAGAUUUAGGAGGCGCAAGGGGGAAUCAGAAUCUUCCUAUGUGAGGCGUAUGGACCAGGAAACUCAGCGUGUGCUGUUCCUCACUGAAAACCAGCUGCAACGUGAGCCUGAGAAAGAAGAGCCAAUCCAAGAAAAGUCCCAGAAGAAAAAAGAAUUUCAGAGAAAGAAGCUGGAUAAAAUCCGAAAACAAAAAGAAGAGAAGAAAAUAGCAGUGCUGGAGAAGGACUUACUCAGUGACUCAGUAGAGUUUGGAGAAGUUGCUCUACAGCCCCCGACACUUACAGCAAAGCCCAGAAAGAGUGUCGUCAAAGAGAAGGCUGGCCACAAGCAGCUUCUGCUAAUGUCUCUCUUGGGCUCUGGUACAGCAGCCCAUAAAGUCGUCCAUGCAUCUCUUGCUCGCCAGAGGAUCGUGCAGGAGGAGAGAGACAGGGUUGUCCAAGCCUACCGGGACCUAAAGAAACGUAAGCAGCAGCAACAGCUGUCAGCCCAGAGCCAGCUGGCUUUGGAGAAACUAAGGAAGCCAGUCUGA